CUUUUUAACCUCACAGACGCAUUCAUUCGCCGCCUCAUUAAAUUUGGAAAAGUUUUACCAGAAUUUAAAGAACUAUCUCAAGAAGAUCAAAUUCAUAUAUUAAAGGGUGGAAUCAUGGAAAUAUUUAUUUUAAGAUCUGCUAUGUCAUUUGAUAAAAAUUCGGAGAAAUGGAAAUAUUCAGACACAGAAGGAAAGAAACAAAUGGAUCCUCGAGUGAUAGCCACUGCGUUAAGUCCAGACAUGUAUUCAUCACACAUGAUAUUUGUGACAUCAUUAUUGGAACUAAUUAAGAGUGAUCGUUAUAUAUUAUUGUUAUUAUUUGUUAUCGAGUUGUUCUCCCCUGAUAGACAGUUAGUGAAAAAUAAGGAAUCUGUGACACGAAGUCAAGAAAAAUACUCUAAUUAUCUGAAAGUUUAUUUAGAAUCAAUUUAUCCUGUUCGGAAAGCUCAAACACUUUAUCCUAAAAUACUCAUGAAGCUUAUUGAAGUAAGAAGUUUAGGUGAAGAGAGCGCAAAACUAGCAGCUAAUUUAGAUGUAACUAAGGUAGAACCGUUGGGUCAAGAAAUGUUCAAUUUGAAAUAA